GCAAAUGCCCAGAGGCCUUGACCGCCACGCAUUCAAGGGGCACUGGGCUCCUGGGGGCACAAGUGAGUGGGUCGUCUUGGAAGGACUUGGGGUCCAAGGUUCCCCCUGUGGCUCCUCCCUGAACCCAGCCGGCAGUUUCCCACGAACCCUGCCGCCCUGUCCUGGGUGGGUGCGUGCAUGUCGCUGACCUCCCUCGGGCUGGCGAAGGGGAACAGAGCUCAGUGCUCACAGCCAGGGGCCCUCCCUUCCUCUUUUUUGCAGCUUAUCUCCACCCAGCCUCCUGAUCUGGGCUGCCUUUUCCCCUUAACAUCCCUUCCCUGAAACUUAGUAACGUCAGGGUCAGGCAGGCGCGCACGCGCACAUGCCCCCACGUAGAUGCUUUUAGCCUUGUUUCAUCAAUAGUGAGAUAACAAGAAACAGGAUCUAUGCUGUGCGCUCUACGUAUGUCAAGUUAUUUAAUCCCAGAAUAGUUCAGUGCAAGAGGUAUUACAAUUUUCCCCACUUUGCAAAUAGGAAGACUGAGGCAGAGGGCAGGUGUUUCCAGCUGUGUUUGGGAACUGAUUGGCUAAGGACCCACAUUGGAGAGCUUUGGGCAUCGUAACAGUGAACGAGAAUGGAGGAUGAGGAUAACAUCACCUCCCUCACCUAUGAGUACGUGUACUCUGAUGACUUCGACCCCAUCGUGGUUUUGGAGGAGUUAUCUCCCCUGGAAGGCAGGGUGGUCAGGAUCUUCCUGGUGGUGGUCUACAGCAUCAUCUGUUUCCUCGGGAUCCUGGGCAACGGCUUGGUGAUCAUCAUCGCCACCUGCAAGAUGAAGAAGACGGUGAACACCGUCUGGUUCCUCAAUCUGGCCGUCGCGGAUUUCCUGUUCAACGUCUUCCUCCCCAUCCACAUCACCUACGCCGCCAUGGACUACCACUGGGUGUUCGGCACAGCCAUGUGCAAGAUCAGCAACUUCCUGCUCAUCCACAACAUGUACACCAGCGUCUUCCUGCUCACUGUCAUCAGCUCCGACCGCUGCAUCUCCGUGCUCCUCCCCGUCUGGUCCCAGAACCACCGCAGCGUCCGGCUGGCUUACAUGGCCUGCAUGGUCAUCUGGGUCCUGGCUUUCUUCUUGAGUUCCCCAUCCCUCAUCUUCCGGGACACAGCCCACGUGCACGGGAAAAUAUCCUGCUUUAACAACUUCAGCCUGUCUGCCACCAGCUCUUCCUCGUGGCCCACUCAUCCCCAGGUGGACGCUGUGGGCUUUGGCCGGCACGUGGCGGUGACCAUCACCCGCUUCCUCUGUGGCUUCCUGACCCCGAUGCUCAUCAUCACCGCCUGCUACGUCACCAUCGUCUGCAAGCUGCGGCGCAACCGCCUGGCCAAGACUAAGAAGCCCUUCAAGGUCAUCGUGACCAUCAUUAUCACCUUCUUCCUCUGCUGGUGCCCCUACCACACGCUGUACCUUCUGGAGCUCCAUCACAGCGCCAUGCCUGGCUCCGUCUUCAGCCUGGGUGUGCCCCUGGCCACUGCCAUCGCCAUUGCCAACAGCUGCAUGAAUCCCAUUCUCUACGUCUUCGUGGGUCAGGACUUCAAGAAGUUCAAGGUGGCCCUCUUCUCCCGUCUGGUCCAUGCUCUGAGUGAGGACACAGGCCACUCCUCCUAUCCCAGCCACAGAAGUUUCACCAAGAUGUCAUCCAUGAACGAGAGGGAGACCAGCAUGCUCUGAGCCUCGCCUGGAACACCCCCGCCCCCCGUGGAUACUCCCAACCUUGGAGGCUCAAAGCUACGCCUUCUCGAGACCACGGCAAGAACAUCUUGGGCGCCCACAGAUGCCCGCUGUAUUUUGCAUGGGGCUGAACUGUGUUUUGAACUGGGAAUCCAGGGCUCAGAACUCCUUUCUUCCAGGGGCACGGCGGACAGAGCAUGCUACGGUGCUCAGCCUUGGAAGAGCGUCCCGUGCAUCCUGGGAGACCAGCCUUGACUGAUGCAAAGCAAAAAGGGAGAAUUCUCAAAAGCACUGCUCUGAACUGGGAUGGGCAUAAGACAGAGGGAUCAGUUACCUACCUGAGUGCUUCCCAGGAAUGACAGAAACGCUUUUCAAGGUCCAUUCCUGGUGUGAGCAGAGGAGGUCAGAGCAAACCCAGUGUGAUGUAGGUCACGCCUCGCUCAUAUCCCUCUGUCAAUAGCUGGUCAGAAAUCCUGCCACUCAAGCCAUUCCUCUGGGUUAGGGUGUGUGGAAAUGCACACACCUUCUCCAGGUUCCCUGGGAAGAGAAGGUGACAUGUGAGCACAGGAACUCCCGGGACCAUGCAUUUGACUUUCAGAUCGGCUGAAAAGACAGGCAACAGGUCCUGAGGAGCCAUGGGGCUCUUUGUGAGGACAAGAGAAGCAGGGCUGUGAUGAGGACUCAGGGGUUUGGGGGAAGGAAUGAAGAAAGAAAAGACCUUUCAAAGGGUGCGUGACAUGUAUCAACUCACCCUCGAACUUUCCAGGGCGAUGGUGCUUUGGGCCGUAGCUAUUUUGGGGGUGGGGGUGAUGCCAGCCCCUUGCCCCAAGCCCCGUUCUCACUUUGCAAUUGUUACCCUGGGCUGGUUCGAGGUGGGCAGCUUCACCAGCAGCCUCCACCCCAUCACAGGGAUUCCUCCCUCUUCCCUGAUCCACUGGUUCUUGCUGGAGAUGCUCAGAAGAAAACACUCCAGGGCAGGAGGCAGAUGGGAGGAUGGUGGGGGACAUCUACUCCUUCCCAACUUCCUCAAAGCCUGGCUGGAGGCUAGUCCAAAAUCAGCUGCAGGAAGCAACCUCGGAGCACCUCACGGGCUGAAGCUGAGUCCGAGGGCUCAGUCCCCGAGCUUGAAGCAGAAUCUGGAGCCUGGCUCACUGGACCGUGCUCCUGAGACGCAGGGCCGAGGGGGGCCCACAGGCCUAGGGCCCCUCCUAUGUGCAGUCACAUUGUCUUCUCUGGGGCCCACACCUCCCUGUGCUGCAGUGUCAUUGUCCCAUUUACAAACGACACAGCUGAGGCUCAGAGAAGGGAAGUUACACACCCAACGUCACACAGCUAGCCAGGGGCCCAGUUACCCGUCUGAACCCAGCUCCGUCUGGUCCCAGAAACUCUGUUCUUUUAUGGAGAAUGUAUCUACUGAGAAUAUUCUAGACUAUCCUGGUAACCUACAUUUAUUUAGCACUUCUAUGUUAAGCACUUUACGUGUGUAUCUCAUUUAUCCCUCACAGCAGCCCUGAGUUAAGUACAAUCAUCCUUUCCCUUUUACGGAUGAGGCGUCUGGGGCUCAGAGUUUAAGUAACUUGCCCAAGGGCACCCAGCAGGUCUCUGUUAGAGUCUGGCUAGGUUUGAACCUAGGUCUGUCUGGCUCAAAUAAGUCGGCAGAGGCUUGGGGUUUUGACCAUAAAUAUAUGUGCAUCCCUCCGCAGAUGAAUGUAAACAUCUUAAGGGCUUUAAAGGCAGCUUUGCAAAUAGUUUUCAAAAACGAUCCAACGUGGCAAAGAAAAUGUACUUGGCUCCCAGCUCCCUGGGCAUCCGUUCACAGCCACCCACCCUGGCUCCCACCUCCUGUGUCCCCCCCAGCUCUCCGGGGGAGGGCAGUGGGGAGAGAGGCCUGACGGGAGGGCCCUUUGGCCUCCAAGUGUCCAUAUUCUGCUCUCUUCCAAGUUUCUUUGUUGCGAAGCCACUUCAACAAGAUACAGUGAACAGAUGUAACGUCAACACAGCACGGGCCGCGAGUUCCCGAGGCCAUGGGCUGUUUGGAAUCACACCUCAUUAAGAGACAAACUGUU